GGUCCGCUUGAUUUUGGCGGGUAAGUUCUGUAUCCAUCAACCAGCUGAUUUUGGCUUGUUCUCUGCAGCUCUGCUUUCUUCUCUGGCUUCUGCUAUGUGAAUUUCUAUUUUCGAUCUUUGCUGAAGUCGUUUCAUAAAAUUCCGCUGCAGAUUCUGCUCUGGAGAAGAGGGAAGCUUGUUGGGUCGUAUCAGAGUUGAUCAAAAGAUUGCUCUGGAGUGAAAAAGUAAGAACAUUUUCUCACCAAUUUUUUUUAAUCUUUGAUUCUCCCAUGGCUCCAUGCUUAAUUAUUUACGGUUACCUGCUCUCAAAGUUUGCAAAACCCUGUUUCAUGCUCCAUUGGUGUAGUGGGCUAGGAAUGAACAACAGCAAUUUUUGGGAUUGCCAAAUUGCUGUCUGUCUGUCUGUCUGUCUAGAGUGAGCUACAUUCCCUAGAGGUCACAGAGACAGGCACAGCACAAUUAGGCGAUUUUCUAUCUAGAAUCAAAGCUAGCCCUGAUAUGAGAUGAGAUGUGACGAGACAGAGGACCACUGAAAUUUAUGGACCUUGGGAUGAUAAUUCUAUUAUUUACGUCCUCUGACUUUUUUAUCUUAUCUCCUCUAACCCAAAUAUUGGCAUUUUCUUUGCAAAUGGGAAUGAAUCCUAAGGCCAUUUAUCUCUGUGGUAGCUAGGUAUUGAAGUGAAGAAAUGGUACUAGGUUGCUGAUAUACUUUAUAUGCACUUCUUCUUCUUCUUCUCUUGAUCAAGUCUCCAGGUUCCCAAUCCGCAAAACCAUGUCUCCUGGUGGUGGGUAUACAAUUGAAGUAACAAGCUUGUCUCAUAAAGCUACAGAGAAGGAUGUCCGCGAUUUCUUCACUCACUGUGGUACAGUUGAGAACAUCGAAAUCAUCAGAUCUGGUGAAUACGCUUGCACUGCGUAUGUGACAUUUAGAGAUCCCUAUGCUCUUGAAACUGCCAUCCUCCUCAGCGGAGCUAGAAUUGCAGAUCAACCUGUGUGCAUUUCACUUUGGGGCACCCAGAUAUGUGAAUCUGACAAUCCUUGGAACAGCCCUUCCUGGCAACCUGAAGGCAGAGCUUACCAUGAGGCAACUCAUCAUGUGAACCACUUGGGUUCCAGCCCAGGGGAAGCCGUGACAGUGGCACAAGAAGUGGUGAAAACGAUGCUGGCAAAAGGAUACGUCUUGGGGAAAGACGCGCUGGUGAAGGCCAGAGCGCUGGACGAAUCCCACAAGGUGACGGCUGUUGCUGCAGCGAAAGUGGCCGAGCUCAGCAGCAGAAUUGGGCUGACGGAGUCGAUACAAUCGGGGAUGGAGACUGCGAGAUUUAUCGACGAGAAGUACCACGUCUCGGACAUCACGAAGACGGCGGUGCUGUACACGGGAGCGGCAGCCGUGACUGCUGCCACCAUCACGGGCCGGACUGCAGCUGCCGCGGCCCAUGCGGUGGUGAACAGCAGUUCUUCGCCCAGGGUGCGGUCUGGGUCUCGGAUGUUCUGGGCCGUGCGGCCCAUGCAGCCGCGGAGUUUGGACAUAAAGAGGGCAAGUAGGGAAUGGAGAAAUGGAAGAUAGUUGUGUGUGUUUUGGUGAAUAAAAAAUGGUCCAUUGUUUCAUUGUUUGUAUCAUUUUUUACUAGCCUAUCUCUACGCAUGAAUGAUGUUAAAAUGAUGUUAAAAAUCAAGUCUAAUCUGUUAGUGUUGUGGUAUAUGAUACACGAUUGAACC